UGCUCGGCACUCUCCCCGCGCCAGCCCUGGCCGCUCCCGCCGCUCUCCUGCUGCUCCGCCGCUCCGCGCCGCCCCGCGGCCCCGCUAUGAUCGUCGAGAGCAGCCGCGACGCGGCGCCCGAUGCGGGCGACGGCGGCGGCGCCCUCAGCAGCCCCAUCAACCUCGCGUACUUCUACGGCGCCUCGCCGCGCUCGAGCGAGGGCAGCUGCUCCCCCGCGCACUCCGCGCCGGGCUCGCCGGGCUCCGACUCGGACCUCUCGGUGAGCGGCGGCCGCAGGGAGCCCCGCGGCGGCGCCCGCCCCGCGCUGCAAGUUGAACAACACAUGGCGGGGGGAAAGCAGCACCGAGGACCUUUCCAGGGGGUCCGUGUGAAGAACUCUGUGAAGGAGCUCCUGCUGCACUUCAGGAGCAGCAAACAGAUGUCCUCGGGCUCGGCCGCUGAGGAAGGCAAGGCACAAGGAGGAUUAGUGAACUACGAGCAGUACACAGCAGAGCUGAAGAGCAUACUAGGUCACAGUGGCAAAAGAAAGGCUCCCGAGCUUCUUUCCGAUGGACCUUCUUUCAAACGCCAAGCUACUGUUCACCCGCACCUCCUGACACCACCCCAGACACCAACUUCUGUGGAUAACAUGGAAGAGACACAUAAAAGUGACCCAAAGCAUGACAGCAAUUCUGAUCUCCUUCAGAAUAUUAUAAACAUCAAGAAUGAGUCGAGCCCCAUUUCGCUGAACACGGUGCAGGUUAGCUGGCUGCACACUGUCUCUAGUCACAGCUCACCUGGUGAGCAGUACCAGGACAGCCCAGGAACACAAGCUUUCUCCCCAUCCCAGAAGUACCAAGCAUUCCAAGAUCAGACCUCCCAGCAUAUGCUUGAUCUGCCGCAGCAUUACCAGUUCCCUCCAUCACAGAACCAGGAUUUGUCACAGAGCUAUCCUUCGGAUGCCUCCCUGGAGUACAGGCCAUUUGGUGCCAACGACCAGUCUCCUGGUUACCAGCAGAACACCUUCGAGAGCCAUGAACUGCAGUACUGCCCGUCGCAGAGCUUCUCCUCCCUGUUGAAUGACUCUGAAGGCUCAGAGGGCAUCUCUGCUCCCCUCCAGCCGCUGAACAGUGCCCACCCGCAGGCUGACGUCAGCCAACGUGCUCCAAACUUCAGCUUGCUCUCUGAUAACAUGUGUGGUAGUCUGGAGUGCAAUGUCUCUUUGGCUGCCUUGAAUGUCUCUCUACCUGACCAAAACAUUGCCAGAAGCACAACGCAGCUGGGAAAGUCAUUUUUUCAAUGGCAGGUGGAGCAGGAGGAAAACAAACUGGCUAACAUCUCUCAAGACCAGUUCCUUGCAAAAGAUGCAGAUGGAGACACCUUCCUUCACAUUGCGGUUGCCCAGGGCCGACGAGCUCUCUCCUAUGUUCUUGCAAGGAAGAUGGCUGCCCUGCACAUGCUGGAUAUUAAAGAGCACAAUGGCCAGAGUGCUUUCCAGGUUGCUGUGGCUGCCAAUCAGCAUCUCAUUGUGCAGGACUUGGUUAGCUUGGGGGCUCAAGUCAACACCACAGACUGCUGGGGUAGAACGCCGUUGCAUGUUUGUGCUGAGAAGGGACAUGCCCAGGUCCUUCAGGCAAUCCAAAAGGGAGCCAUAGGAAGCAAUCAGUAUGUGGACCUUGAGGCAACAAACUAUGAUGGUUUGACAGCAUUGCACUGUGCUGUUCUGGCCCAUAAUGCUGUGCUGCAUGAACUGCAAAACAGUCAGCCACCUCACUCCCCUGAGGUCCAGGAGCUUCUGCUGAGAAACAAGAGCCUGGUAGAAACCAUCAAGACUCUAAUACAAAUGGGAGCAUCUGUUGAAGCAAAAGAUCGCAAAAGCGGUCGCUCAGCUUUACAUUUGGCGGCAGAAGAAGCGAACCUGGAGCUUAUUCGUCUCUUUUUGGAGCUGCCCAACUACCUGUCUUUUGUUAAUGCAAAGGCUUACAAUGGCAAUACAGCACUCCAUGUGGCUGCCAGCCUGCAGUAUCGGAUGAGUCAGUUGGAUGCCGUGCGCCUGCUAAUGCGAAAGGGAGCUGAUCCAAGUGCCAGAAACUUGGAGAAUGAGCAGCCAGUUCAUCUGGUUCCUGAUGGCCUUGUAGGAGAACAGGUAAAAAAACAAGACUCUCCUCUGUUCUCAUUUGUCCUAUCUAUACAAAAGCCUUAUUCUUCUCCAAAAGUUUCAUUUGGGUUUUGAGUUGCAGCUUCUAAGGAAAAGAUUUAGCUAAAAUUAUAGGUUUUACUUCUUCCUUUUGUAUUUUUCCAUCUCAAAAGCUUUUUUCCUGUCAAGCUAGGUUUUUUCUUUGUAACAUUGCAAUUUACUGGAAGUAAUAUUCCUUCUUCUGUUCAUCGCAGUAUGGCCUGGGAUAAUUUUUUGCUGCUCUUAUCAUAAGUAGCUAUGGCAAUUCUUCGGCCUGUAAAACAGAUGAAGAAAAUCCCUUUUUCCUAGGAGCUAUAGAAAUACAUGAUGAAGGAGGUGGCUCUUGACCUAAAUUCUAAUAAGCAGCUGAGUAAUUUUGUUGCCUUUUGUUCAUUCAAAUGCUGUAAAAUUGAAUCAAUUCUGGUGUAACUGGACUGGGAACCUAGGCUCAGAUAACUGAGGAAUACAGAACUGGGUGUAGGGUUUUUUUCUCAGAUCGUAGCUCAUGUCAGGAUGAUGAAUACUAAUGUUUUGUCAUCUUCUUUUCUCCAGAUAAGACGUAUCCUAAAAGGGAAGGCGAUUCAGCAGAGAGUGUCGCCAUUUUAGGCUCCAUGUUUCUUGGAGUCCAGCAACUCACACUCACUGUCAGUCAGGCAGUCCUAAUGUAUCUGUAAAUAGACCAUUUGCCCGGUGUGGGCAAAUGUUAGUUGUUUCUAUGAAACAAAAGUAUUUUGUUCACUAUCAUAUAGUGGGGUUAUAUAAGAGUAAAAAACAAACAAAAACAAAACAAAACCCACAAACCAAACAAAAACCAAACCCAACAAUCAUUCCUCUGAGUAAAUGGGAGUGUCUCAUUCACAAUUGUGUGGAACAUUUGCCUGGAUACCUGGAUUCCAUAGCUAUGGUGAGACUGAUUUUAUUUUAACGGCCAGACAGAUAACUUCUGGACAAGGACAAUCCUAUAGGAAAUCUUUUUAUUUAGAGAAGGCACAUCAACAUUGCAGAGGGUUUUUUGUGUUGUUAAUAACACUUAAAUAUUUAAGUGCAAGACAAAUCAAGUAUUUUUGAAGUUGAACAUUUAUUUAUGUAGCUUUGUAGCUUUCUCCAGUGUCUCAUACAGGAUUGUACAUAGUCACUGACAUUGUUGUACAGCUGUAUAUUUCAAAGAAUCUGAUUGCUUGUAGAGUGAACUAAAGAAACAAGUUCCUUCAUCUUGAACUUGCAAAUUGCAUAUGGAGUUUUAAUACUAUACUGGUGCAAAUUGGGCAAAGUCUAUUGUUUUGAAAGACUGAAGACUGAAAGUACAGUUAAGAUAGAUUGUCCCUAGCACUGAUUUGUGCAUGCUUUUGGAAUUGUUAAUAAAACAUGAAAAGCCACGCUUUCUCAGGGGACUGUGUGAGUCUUUCUCGUACCCAGUAGAGGUUUUUCUUUCAAUGGGACAAUAGAUUGCGGGAGAAAGAUAAUGACUUUUAUAGUGUAUAUAACUUUAUUGUACUUUAAGAACUAUGAUCCUGAUUCAGUGAAAGUACUUAGCAUGUACUUAACUGUUGAUGCAUGCUAAAUCUCUUCAUUAUGAUAUAUCAUAUAAUACUUCAAUAUGUGUGAGCCCCACUAGUGUCAGUAGGACUUAAGCACAUGCAUAAGUAGUUUGCUGAAUUGGCCUCUAGUUAAAUCUGGAAACUUAAUGGUUUUUUACCUCCUAAGCAGAGUUAGUCCAUUUAUGGUUUUACCUUAUAGGUAUAGUGGCUAGCCAAGUAAUAUUUGAAGUUAAUGUUUUUCUAUUUUUUAAUAAUUAUGGAUAUUAAUGCAAAAUGUAUUCUAAUGAUGCUGUAUACUUGUGUUCUUUUGGAGAAAACUUUCCUCCUGUCACUUCCUGAAUGAUCCAUGCUGGGCUGUAAUGCAGUAAUUUGUUCUCUGUAUGGUCUUUGUUCAUAAACCUUUUUGCAUCACAUGCAGUUCUCUGCCAUAACUGUUUAAUUAGUCUGAUUAUGCUGUUUUGACAAAGUAUGUCUUGUAGACAAGCUAAGUGGAAAAAAAUCUGAUAUGCAGAGGCCUUGUUGCGAUGUAUUUCUUGAAGGGUCUCCUGUAGCUUGUGUUUGAAUAAACUGCUAAUUAAAUUUUGGUGGUUGCUGUCUGUGAUACACAUGAUGAUGAAAUCAAGCUUGAUAUAAAACUGAUUUAGAAGGGUAAUACUGUGACACUGGUGAAGGUCCAUUUGUUAAGGAUGAAAUGAGGUCUUUCCAUCCCACUGUUCAUGCUUUCUCUUGUUUGAUGCUGGUUUUGAAUCUGGUCCUUGGGUGUUUUGGGUCAUGUACAGUUGUAUUGCCUGGGUAUUUAACAGAUGCACCCUAAAUAGACUUAAUAGUU